GCUGUACGUCAUCGAUUUAUCGAUGUGUUCCUUGAACCUCAACAACAACGAAGAACAAGAAUCUGAGCCCAGAGCACGGAGGUGGCGGAAAUGGGUAGUGGGAACAUAACAACGGCAAUCCAAGUAAGUCCUUUAACGGGACAACCAUAAAGAAGUAGCAGCUGCUCUUAUGGAUAUCUAGCUAGCUAGCUGCAUCACUCAGCUUGAGAGUGUAUCAAUAGCAUUGGACAACAACAAACACUGUUUGUAAAGUGAUCUGGAAAGAGGACAGGAGGUUGCUCGCCUGAACAGCCGUAUGGGAAGGACUGGAUCCCUCCAGCUAUCAAGGUUGACGGUACCAUCGUUUGCUGACCUCAUAGGGUGCUGCCAUUGAGCGACUCAGUUACUAAGCAACAAGUUCUUGUACCGAUAGAGAUACCCUCUCUGCGCUUAAGUUAAGGGAUUCGAUUCACAUCUUUCAGGGCUACCCAAGAUGGAGUCAGCUACUAGACAAGCAACGUGCAAUGGCUUAGAUACCCUCGACAACGAGAUGAAGCAAGCCUCAGUGGGCUUUGAAAGUUUACUAUCGCAAGGAGGUGCUGCCACUGCCAUCAUGAUGGGGAUAACAACUGAAGAAACGCAAGGCCGGCAGUGGAUCCGUUGCAGUACGAGUUCUGAUGCCGUGUCUUCUGGAUCAGAAGAACCACACCAAUACUCUAUUCUAAGGAGAUCUGGAAGGAUAAAGAAUGCAUCAGGACUUGUGCUGCUACCCCUGCUGAUCACAGUCCUAUUCCAACCAGUCUCGUCAGCCUUUGUAGGACCAGCAGUAACAUCACACAGUAGGCACCAUCCAAGAUGGAUAUCCAGCUCCACAACAAGAAUCCAUCAAUCGGCCUACCGACAUCCCUUUGAUGACGAGGAUGGUCACUAUACCCAACCCUUCUUUGCCGCCAAGCAACAAUCCAAUCAGACGACAACAACCGAUCUUUUGUCACCCGAAGUACGGGCGUGGACGGAUCUCAUGUCCUCCACAUCCACCGAACAGGACCAGCAUGAAGGACUCUGGGAAGCCUACAGUCGUCGCAUGGCCAACCGUGGAGAAAACCAACAUGAGCAACAACAAUCAUCACCACCAACGAGCCACCACAAUAAUGGCACCGACACAUCCUCAUCCAUGCAGGCUACUUCUACUGCUACUGUCACCGCCACUGCCGAGGAGGAAACCAGCCCGUUGACACAGGAUGACGAAGCUCAGAUUGCCGCCUUUUGGGACGAACUGGAACCCACCAUACAAUACCUUCCAUCUCAACGACACGAGGAAGUCUAUCAGGCACUACGAGUCGCCUACGAAUGUCAUCACGGUCAAAUGCGCAAAAGUGGAGAACCCUUUAUAGUCCAUCCCGUCCAAGUGGCGCUCCUGUUGACAUCCCUCAAGAUGGAUACCGAAACCAUCAUGGCAGGAUUGUUGCACGAUACUGUGGAAGAUACCGAAAUGACGUUUGAACGGGUCGAACAACUCUUUGGGCCCGUCGUCAAGAGUAUCGUCGAAGGAGAAACCAAGGUGAGCAAAUUGCCCAAACUGGCAUUUAGUACUACUACAAGUACAGCAGCUCCCGACGACGGACAACCGGUCGAUGUCGCCGCCGAGCAGGACGCCAAUAACUACGACGAACAGGCCGAAAACUUGCGGCAAAUGUUUGUCGCCAUGACGGAAGAUUAUCGCAUCAUUAUUGUCAAACUCGCCGAUCGAUUGCACAAUAUGCGCACACUGCAACACAUGAAACCCGCCAAGCAAAUCAAGAUUAGUCGCGAGACGCUCGACAUUUUUGCACCACUAGCACAUCGAAUGGGCAUUUGGCAGUUCAAAUCGGAACUGGAAGAUAUUUCCUUUCGAUAUCUGUACCCGCAGGAACACAAACGCUUGAAUCGAAAGUUACAGUCGCACGAGCAACGAUUGAGUCAUGUCUUGGAACGGUCGCAGCAUUUGUUGAAAGAACAGCUGCAAACCGAUCCGACGCUCCGGGAACAGACCGCCUCGGUGGAAGUGGUGGGACGGACCAAAGAAAUCUACAGUUUGUGGCACAAGAUGGAAACCAAGGAAGAACGCAACUUGGAUCAUAUUGGGGACGUUGUGGCGUUGCGAGUCAUUAUCACUCCCAAAGAAGCCCAGCAAGAGGAAAUGUUUUAUUCGGACGACGAAGAGGAGGAGGACGAGGAAGAAGAUGACGACGACGAAGAGGAGUAUUAUUAUGAGGAGGACGAAGAUCUGUACUACGACGAGGAUGAAGUAGAAGAGGAGGAUCACGAUUUCAAGUCGUCUCAGUCGUUCACCAAGGAACAAAACGUUCGACCAGCACAGAGUACCACCAAUCAAGCUGAUCGUGGCGUUUGGCUUUGUUAUCAUGUUCUGGGCUUAGUUCAGCACCUUCCAGGAUUUCAGCCGGUGCCAACGCGUGUCAAGGAUUACAUCAGCUUUCCCAAGCCAAAUGGAUAUCAAUCGCUCCACACAGCCGUCAUGCUUCAAGGUCAAACGAUCGAAGUACAGAUCCGCACAUCGACCAUGCAUCAAGUGGCCGAAUACGGGAUGGCUUCACAUUGGGCAUACACCGAUAGCAAACGCAUGCCUCACGCAGAUGUCUACAAUACACCAUGGCUUUCUUCCAUCAAGGAAUGGCAAAAGGACCGCAUCAGCUCAAGGGACUUUGUUGAAAGCGUACGCCGCGAGUUGCUGGGCAAGCGAGUCUUUGUCUUUCUGCGAAAUGGAAAAAUCUUGAAUUUGGCCCGCGGUGCCACAGCCAUCGACGCAGCCUUUCAGAUCCAUACUGAGGUUGGAUUGGAAAUGCAUGGAGUGGAAAUCAAUGGCAAGCCGGUUCCCUUCUCGUAUGAGCUGCGCAACGGCGAUGUUGUUUCAAUCUUAACCGGCAAAGGACGCCCAUCGCUAGAUUGGAUGCGAUAUGCAAAGAGUCGUUCCACGCGGUCCAAGUUGCGGUCUUACUUUCGACAGAAACAAAAGGAAAGCCUACGAGAAGCAGGCAAGAUUCUUCUCAUGGACUAUCUUUGGAUGCAUGGUCCUACUAUCGAGCAGCACCGGCCCUUGGUCAGAGUGCCAACAACUGUUGAGGAUGUAGCAGAAGUCUUGGAGGAGCGACUUCAUGAGCAAGAAGACGCUCAGAACAUUCCACAAUUCGACAACAUUGAUGACUUGCUAGUGGCACUUGGUAAGCAACACGAUCGCGACAUGUUGCACAAGAUCGUCGCGCGAUUAUUUGGUGUCCCCGCAAUCGCUUUAGCACAGGCUGAGAAAUGUAAGAACCGCGGAUUGCUGGUUCCUGGCAGCGUAGUGGACGCCAUAAAGCAAAGUCGUCGAAAUGCCAAAUACGCUGCGAAAGCGGUUCAACAUAACGGGGAACAAUCACCUAGAACCAAGGACGAGCAGAAAGAACCACCAAAAUGGCCAGUGUCCCUGCCAACUCAAACUCGAACGGCAUCAAUGCUCGAUUCUCUUUUCGAGACAUUGAAAGGUCAAACUGAAUAUUAUGCUGACCCUGAACACUUGUGCCGGCACUGUCUCCCAGUCUACGGCGAUGAGAUUGUAGGCACAAGGCCUUCCUGCAGUACCGAUCUUUCGCCUCCACCGAAAGAUGAUGAUCUCAUGGAUGCAAUCACAAUGGUUCACCGCAUUGGAUGUCCAGUGGCACAACGUGCGAUCAAUCUGGCUUCAGCGUCGGCUAUCUUGUCAAAGCACACUGUCGACAGCGUAAGUCUUCGCCGUAUGGCGAACAAGCGCAAUGGGCAGUCAUCCAACAGUGCGCUCUUGAGUGAUGACGUACCAGUGAAGCUGACAUGGUCCGAAUACGACAACGGCGAAGACGGGUGUGUUUUCAUGACUGAAGUCGUCGUGGUUGCCGAAGAUCGGAAGCUGCUCCUGGCAGACUGUUCUGAGGUUGUAUCGGAAAUGUCAGAGAUUGUUCGAACUGGCAGCUCGUCGAGCCAGGAGCACGCGACUCUCGUGUUUUUGGUUCAAAUCGAAGGACUGCAUCAGUUGCAGCAGCUAAUGGACGGCCUGCAGCAGAUCCGAUCCGUCAUGUCUGUCGAACGCAGGUUUGGCAGUGAGCUCCUCAACUAGAUUUUGUUUAUCCGUUGUUUGUCCAUUUAUUUCAGCUCGUUACAACCCAAUUUUGAUUCAACUGUCGGCAGCAGUCGGCGUUUACACGAUGUGACACCAUCACACUCAAUUCGCUUCAUUACGCAAUACACCAGCCCUCCUAUAUGACUCCAACCAGCAAGCCAACACACCUUAAAAAGGGGGGUUUAGAUAUCUACGGAAGCCGGCGAGGCCCCCUGCAUGAGCCUCCCUACUUGCAAAUAUCGCUCUACGCUUCUUCGCUACAAAAGCACUACGCCUUUCUACGAAAUACUUUUCAACAGCACAAUACAACGAAACUUCAAGCAUACAGACAAACCACAAGCACGCUAACUAAACACUCGUUUACCGCGACUCAAAGA